UCGAAAUAGUUUUUUAUUCUGUUAGGCAAGUUUAAUGGAAUCUGCAUGUUUAAUCCAAAUAUUCUUGCUCUUAUGGUUUCCAAGAUCGCGGGUUAUACAAACAGGAGCGCCCCCGACUUCAGUUAAAAAAAAAAAAACUUUUUUUAUCACUUCUUUCCGAAUCAAGGGCUGUAGCAUCAAAACUUUGUGAGGGUCAAGGUCAGCGCGUCAAUAUGAACCCUAUUUGUAGUUUCCAAUAUUCCGACCUUCAUGAGAAUAGGCUUACUAAUAUAUAUAAUUAUAUUUGAAACUACCGUUUUACAGCUUACAGAAUAAAAGACAGAGGUGUGCCGAUAUGACAAGGUGUUACGAUUGCCUACGAAGGGAGAUUAGAGUUAAAGUGGCUUUGCUGCGGUAAUCACCUUGCUCUAACACAUUCUUUAAAAUAACUUAUUUUAAUUUUAACGGGAAUACGGCAUAAAAAUAUUUUAAAAAUUUUAUUUUCCACCGUUUGAAGACGCUAUCGGCUGAGCUCCUUUUCCCAGAGCCGCGCUAUUGCCUAAGGCUAAGGACUAAGGGUUGCUAGGCAACCAAUAAAUUUUCAGGAGUAGUCUAGGAACCCACAACAGAAGAGGUACUUGAAGUGCGGGAGAAUGUUGAAGUCUCUGGCGCCGAUGGAGGGAAACCAACAGCCCCAGCUGCAGUUGCUCUGGGAAGACAAGGAUGUCAAGUUCGAUGUGCCGCACUUGCACAAACACUUGCGCAGCGGAGAACGGGUGCUCGAUUACAUCUACCACAUCGAGGACAGCAAGGGAAACCCGGGGGACACCGGUCGCCUGAUGGUCACCAACCUGCGGAUAAUUUGGCACUCGCUGGUCCACAAGAAGUACAACCUGUCUAUCGGGUAUGCCCGGAUUGGCAACACCAGCACUCGCAUAGUGCACAUGCACUCCAAGGCCAGGAUAGCCAGUCAGGCCAUCUACAUCCUGGCGAUUGGCAACGAGAGCUCACGCUUUGAGUUCCUUUUCACCGACGUCUCCGGGGAAACUUCCCGCCGGGAUCAGCCCAUCUUUGCCAGCGUUUUUGAUGUCUAUCACUUAUAUCAACGAACCUACCUCUACCGCGACCUGAAGCUACGCGGAGCCAUCGUGCAAUCGGGGCAACUGGUCAUCCUUCCGGAUGAGCAGGUCUACAGCCAGGUGCAGGGCGUUUGGAAUUUGUCCAGUGACCAGGGCAACCUGGGCAGCUUCGUCGUGUCCAACAUCCGGCUGGUGUGGUUUGCAGACGCCAACGAAACCUUCAACAUCAGCUUGCCCUACCUGCAAAUUGAAAGCCUUCGCAUUCGAGAAUCCAAAUACGGACCGGCCUUGGUAAUCCAAACCGCAGAGACGGGAGGGGGCUAUGUGCUCGGCUUUCGCAUCGAUCCGGCCGAGCGCCUCAACGAGCUGUUCAAGGAGCUCUGCUCGCUGCACACCAUCUACGGCGAACAGCCGAACUUCGGUAUCCAGUACAACGCCAAGGAUGCCCGGCAGCGAUUGGCAGAGGCCGCCGAGGAAGCAGCCCAGGCCGCCCAGUUCAAGGUGGACAACUUUGAGGAGCUCGACGAGCGCCAGGAGCGUGAGAUCAACACCAAGCUGAACAGCUACCUCGCCGAAGGAUGUCUGGGAAAGGUUUCCAGUGCGUCGAGCCAGGGGGAACGGGAUCCAGUUUACUGCAAGGAGCUGGGCUUCGCCAUGGAGCAAAUACGAGAGGGGUACAAGCUCCAGGAUCUGUGGAUCGUCAUGCCGACUAAAAUGGAAACUAUGGAAUGAAAUGUACAAUUAUUAUAAUUUUAACUAAGUAACUAAAACAAACAUUUCAUUUAUUUGAAGUUAUUUUUAUUGACGCAUACAACUCGCUGUGUGUUUAAGUAAUUUUGCUUUUUUUUGGAAUCGCUUGAAAUUGUCUUUAGCUGAGGGCUAAUUUUAAACAUUUUUGUGCUCCGCAAAAUUGGAAUUUCGUUCAUAAUUUCAACUUCUACUCCUUAUUGAUA